AUGGUCUACCCCACCGUACACUUCGAUGUCAAGCCUCGACCUCAGUCUCAUCAUGACACAGGAAGGCGUGACAUGACGAAGCGCGAGAAAAUCCCGGGCCUGUACAAGGGCCUCGGUGCGCCUGGAUCCGGAUCUCUUCCCAAGGGGGGCUACCGCAUCGGUAGCCACCACAAGAGCAUGUCCGACCUCUCGACUUGCGACGAGUUCAUCACCCCAGACUGCCUGCGUGCAUUGUACCAAUUCCCUGCCAACCGCAAGGCAGUUCCUGGGAACAGCUAUGGUAUCGUCGAGUACACACCACAGGCCUACGUGCCGUCUGACCUAGACUUGUUCUUUGCAAACUUUAGCCGCAAGGCUGUGGGCGUACGGCCUAUACUCGACAGCAUCGAUGGCGGUGUGGUCCAGCAGACAAACAUGAGCUUCAACUUCAAUGGCGAAAGUGACCUGGAUCUAGAGUACGCGAUCGCACUCGUGUACCCACAGGAGGUGACCCUUUACCAAGUCGGCGACCUUGUGGAGGGCGCCUCGUUCAACAAUUUCCUCGAUGCUAUCGACGGAUCCUACUGUACAUACGAAGGCGGAGACGAUCCUACCCAGGACGGUAUCUAUCCCGAUGUCCUGCCAAUGGGCUACAAGGGACCCGAGAACUGUGGCGGCUUCGCGGCGACCAAGGUGAUUUCCACCUCGUAUGGUUACAAUGAGCACGACCUUACGCCGUUCUAUGAGAUGCGGCAGUGCAACGAGUACGCGAAGCUCGGCAUGAUGGGCAUCAGCGUCCUGUACAGCUCUGGAGACUAUGGCGUCGCCGGCAACGGCGGCCAGUGCAUCGACGGCCCGGGCAUCAACGCAACGUACAACAACGGCACUAGCGGGCGCUUCAAUCCUUCUUUCCCUGGAGCAUGCCCGUACGUCACGAGCGUCGGUGCCACGCAGGUCAAACCGAAUGCCUCCAUCACGGCAGACCUGGCAACGGGUGUUCAGCCCGAGGAGGCGUGCGAGACGGUCAUCUACUCGGGUGGAGGCUUCUCUAACGUCUUCCCCCUUCCGGACUACCAGGCCGAUGCGGUUCAUGAGUGGUUUGCUGAUUAUCCGCCUCCAUACGGUGCGGACAGGUUCAACAACAGCCAGCAAACGCGUGCUUUCCCGGACAUCAGCGCGAACGGUGCCAACUACGUGAUCGCAAUCGAUGGCGAAUUCUCUCUUGUCUACGGCACCUCGGCCAGCUCGCCGACUCUCGGCUCCAUCCUCACUCUUAUCAACCAGGAGCGUCUGGCAGCUGGGAAGAGCAGCAUUGGUUUCAUCAAUCCUGUUGCCUAUGCCAACCCAGACGUGUUCAAUGAUAUCACUGAGGGCACCAACCAGGGGUGUGGUACCGAGGGCUUCUCAGCUGCGCCAGGCUGGGAUCCGGUGACUGGCUUGGGCACCCCGAACUACCCCAAGAUGUUGAAGCUGUGGCUAUCUCUGGAUUAG